UGGUGGAUUUUUCCUCCAUCCGUGCCCACUCGCUCGUCAGGAGGCCGCCCAUGUCUCCAGCUUCCGCUCGCAUUGUAGGGUGGUCCAGAAGAAGGAUACAGCGGAGCGAAAAUGGGAGUAGAAAUUCAGACUAUAACUCCGGGUGACGGGCGGACUUUUCCGAAGAAGGGGCAGCGCGUUGUGGUGCACUAUGUUGGCACACUGGCAGACGGUAAAGUGUUUGACUCUUCGAGGUCCCGGGGCAAGCCGUUCAAAUUUAAGAUCGGACACCAGGAGGUGAUUCGGGGAUGGGAAGAAGGAGUAGCCCAGAUGAGUGUGGGUCAGCGGGCAAAGCUUAUUUGCUCACCAGACUACGCCUACGGCAGCAAAGGUCACCCAGGGAUCAUCCCACCAAAUGCCACUCUCACCUUUGAUGUGGAGCUGAUUGGUCUGGAGGCCUGAAACUUGUGCACUCAACUUUAAUUCCACUCAGAUUUUCAGGGUUGACUCCUAUCUCGGGAACAUGGAGGAAAAAGGUUAACAGAUGAUUCCUGCUCUUGAUUCCUGCAUAGGACCUAUGUCUGUUGUUACACUAUUUCACUCUCCUUUACAUUUAUAUACAAGUUCUGUUUUGUCACUUGCUUUAAAAUGUUAUCCCUUAUAUUAUACUUUAGAUUCCAGACAGUAAUAAGUCAUAGGCCAUCUUAUCACAUGUAUUUUGUCAUAUACUGCUUUGUAUUUUUAUGGUCAUAUUUUUAUUUUUUUUUACUUCAAAUUGACUUUAUUGCCGCUGUUUGACUGACUAAAUGCGUCUGCCACCAGGACCAUGUUUUAAGUGUCAUAAAUACUGAAUGAGUCUCAUUCCUGUGGCUUUGUGGCCUUUACAAUAAAAUCGUAUUGAUUGCGGGUAAUGAAUUGUCUUGAUUCAAAAUAAGAAUAAAUUGUUUGACACAA